CCUGUCAGCUGAGUUUAUCCGGAAAGGGAAGAAGAAGAGAAGACUUCAUAACAACAAACAUUCGGUUUUCCUUCUUCUCAUACACGGACACCAGAUGAGAAUGGGUCGGCAGUGUUGCGUCCCUGGCUGCAAAAGCACUUUCGGACUUCACAGCUUUCCCGCGGAUGUGGAAAUAAGGCGGCGAUGGUUGCGUGCAGUUGGCCUGCUGGACCAUGCUCCGGUUCCUAGAGCUGGGGUGUGCAACCGCCAUUUUUCCAGGGAUUGUUUCUCCAACCUUAUGGAGGUGGACAUGGGUUUCACUAAAGUCACCAAGCUGAAACAUGACGCAGUGCCAGACGUUGCUCUCCCGGUGCCGACAACAGGACAAAAAUCCCGGCAGCAACGUCUACUGCCGCCCCCCCCGCGGCAUAUUGAGCCGAAACCGACCAGAGAGAUCGGGCACCAGACGGAUCCAGUCCUCAACAAACACGCUUUCGGACAGGUGGACCUGAAGCCUAACAGGAGAAGCAAAGCUACUCAGACCCGAAAUCUAAACCGGAGUGUGUGGUGUGACACACACACUCUCAUGGCUGACCCUGAGGCUUCCAGUGUGAGCUCCACCCCUGUAAGAAGACCAGGAUGUGAGGUGCUAAUGGAGGAUUUAAGCUGUCAGCUUCACGCAACAGACUCUACCACAAACUGUACAAGUUCCUCAGAUGAGCUGUCAGCUCAAACAACAAACAAGUACCUCGUCCAUGAAGGGAAUCUAAUGGAGCUGUUCAAAGAAUGUCCUGUCUGCACCCAGAGCUGUGACGUCUCUAAAACAGUUCAUGGGACACUCCUGCAUGUGGAGCAGCGCUGUGCUCACUGCGAGUACUUUCAGGAGUGGUCCAGUCAGCCAAUGGUGAACAACACACCAGCAGGGAACCUCCAACUGUGUCCAGCGGUUGAGUUCACAGGCACAUCAGUUAUUGAGAUAUGCCAGGUCAUGGAGGCUGUCAAGAUCCAAGGGGUGUCAGAAACAAUGUUCCACAAACACCAGAAGGCACUCCUUCCCCACCAUCAGCUGUCAGAGGAACAGAAACCAGGAUGACAUCUUGGACCGUGACAUGGGUGCAGACUCACCAGGCACUGUGUUCCUGUUUACAUGACUACAGGCCCAGACCCUGUCACCCAAAGACUGUACUUCAGACUACUGUGUGCUACAUGGUUGCACUCUUCAGUUGGAGCUUGGAGUCAGAAAGGAAGCGUCAUGCCUCUUAACGCACUUCCUCAUUCCCUCUCUUCAUGUACGUGCAUCUCUGGUGGCCAGGGACUGACGCCGGACUUCCACCAGACGCAUGGAUGCAUGGGUGCAACUUGAGAGAACUUAAAUGUAGCCGGAGACAUCAAGUCGACUCCACCAGGCUAACGUGGCUUCAGAUUUUGGGCAUGUUGGCUGCUGAAUGGCUUGGUUUCAUUUUUGCGUGCAUGUUUACAGAUUAGACCAUUCAGGCCGCUGGUGUGAGCGACGUGUCACACAAACACACACGAACAGACUCCUCUUGUUUUGUCGAGCACAGUUAUCUGCUAAGUGAAGACAUGUGCAAAGCUCUUUAUCCAAGGUGACAGCAGGCUAACUAGUGCAGGCGUUUGGGUCCCCAAAUUUUAAACCAAUCAAAUCCUGUCCUGCCGUUCUGCCCGCCUCCUGCGCGUACAUUUCCCGGCGUUCACUCCCCGUCUCCUGCCUCUG